AUGCAUCAACGCCACCAACAAGGGUUUAAUCUCCUGUGGUCUCAUCACAGCGAUGACACAACAUUCCGCCUCUCACUCAAUCAACAACUUCACAACACUGAACACUCACGCCCUGUUCGAAACAUGUCUGAAGCAAAGAACAUCAUCAUCACCGGCGCCUCCGGCCUCGUCGGCCCGCUCCUGGCCUCCCGCCUCCUCAACUCCCCAGAAUACCGCCUCGUCCUCACCGACCUCCACCCCCCCAUCCUCCCCCCCAACGUCACCCACCCCUCCAACGCGACCCUCCUCCAAGGCGACAUCACCUCCCCUGCCUUCAUCACCACCCUCCUCACCGCCGCCCAGCCCCUCCACGCAAUCUUCCUGUUCCACGGCAUCAUGUCCGCCGGCUCGGAAGAAGACUACGACCUCUCCCUCAAAGUAAACGUCGACUCGAUCCGCCUCAUCACCGACCAGCUCCGCCUCACCAAUCCCGGCUGCCGCGUCAUAUACGCCUCCUCCCAAGCGGUAUUCGGACAGCCUCUACCCCAGGGAAAAAUCACCGACGACGUGCUGCCCACGCCGGAAAGCACCUACGGCUGCCACAAGCUCAUGACGGAGUCGUACCUCACCUCGCUGCACAGAAAGGGGUUUUUGGACGUGUUUAUUGCUCGGUUUCCCACCAUUAGUGUCAGGCCGGGGAGGCCGACGGCUGCGGCGUCGAGCUUCCUGUCGGGGAUUAUAAGGGAGCCGAUGAGGGGGGUGGAGUGUGUGGUCCCGAUUGAGGACAGGGGUUUCAAGAGUUUUUUGGCUUCGCCGAGGACGAUAGCGGAGAAUUUGGUUAGGGUUUUGGGGUUAGGGAGUGGGUGUUUGCCUGUGCAUAGGAGGGUGAUUCAGUUUCCGGGGGUGAGUGUUUCUGUUCAGGAGAUGAUGGAUGCGUUGGGGAAGUUUGGCGGGGAGGAUAAGUUGGGGUUGGUGAAGGAGGUGCGGGAUGAGGGGUUGGAAAGGAUUUUGAGGAGCUGGCCGACGGAUUUUGACUUGAGCACGGCGGAGAGGUUGGGGUUGGUGGUUGAUGAGGGGCCGGGGGCGGAGGGGAUUGUGUGGGAGUAUGUGAGGAGUUUGGGGAAGGUGUAA